CUACAGAGAGGGAGACGGGAUGGGACAAUACGUAGCUGACUGGCUCCAAUAUAAUUCAUUCAUCAUUGUAGUUGGUGUGUAUGUGUGAGAAAGAGAGAGAGAGAGAGAGAGAGUGCUGGGGGGUGAGGAGGGGGUUUGUGUGUCAGACGGUAUUCCUGCUCGUCUCGCUCCACCGGUCAAGUUAAAUCAGAGGCAGUCACUGGCACACCACGGUGGUCUCUCUAUCUCCCUGCCUGUCUUGCUCUGAAAGCAUCAGCAGCCUCCUGGUUCAGCACCACAGGACUCGCUGAGGCCCUCGCCCAAGGCCUGUAUCAGUCACCGCAGACGCACCCUGCCGACAGGGCCCCCUGUUUAAAAGUCCUAGGAUCUGGCAUUAAAAGGGGAAAAUGCUGAAUCUAACGGCAGGAGCGACAGAAGGGAUAGCACUGACAUGUGGCAUGUCUGGAAGACAUGAAAUCAUCUUCACCCUGGUGCCCAUCGUCUACGGCUGCAACUUUGUCAUCGGCAUCAUUGGAAACACUAUGGUGGUGGCUGUCAUCUACUGCUACAUGAAGCUCAAGACAGUGGCCAACAUUUUUGUCCUUAAUCUCGCUAUUUCUGACCUCACCUUCCUCAUCACUCUGCCCAUGUGGGCCACCUUCACUGCCACGGGGUAUCAUUGGCCCUUUGGAGGAUUCUUAUGCAAGGCCAGUGCAGGCCUGGCCAUUUUUAACCUCUACACCAGCAUAUUCUUCCUCACGGCACUCAGCAUUGACCGGUACCUAGCCAUUGUGCACCCAGUGCGAUCACGCCGGUUUCGCACUUUGAUGUAUGCGCGCAUCACCUGUGUAGUGAUUUGGCUUUUUGCCUUCGUGCUCAGUGUCCCCACAGCAGUGAUCAGGGAUGUAAUAAACGUCAGAAACAACAGCAAUACAUUGUGUGCCACUCUGCACCCUAGUGAAGAAAAUGUUGCGAGGUUGAAUGCGAUCCUCCUGGCCACCAACGUUAUGAAAGGCCUGCUGGGCUUCCUCAUACCCUUUGUCAUCAUCAUCACCUGUUAUUGCCUGAUUGGACGGGCGCUGCUCGCUGCCAAACACAUACAGAAAAGCUCCCGUUCCCGGGACGAUGAGGUGCUGCGCAUGCUCGCAGCAGCUGUCCUGGCCUUCUUCUUGUGCUGGGUGCCCCAUCAGGUGUUCCACUUCAUGCAGCUCUCCCAGCUGAUACACGGGGAGAACUGUACCAUCUCGGAAAUCAUUGACACUGCCAUGCCCUUCACCAUCUGCAUCGCCUACUUCAAUAGCUGUGUUAAUCCUCUCGUGUACGGCUUUGUGGGGCGAAACUUUCGCAAAAACUUACUGCGUCUGCUGCGCUGCUCGCCAGGUGGAGCCACUGGGCCUCAUCCGAGCAUCAGCUCCAAGAUGAGCGCGCUGUCUUUUCGCGCCUCUGAGGCACUGAGUCUUACAGUCAAAAUGAAUACCUCCUCUGAUGUCAAGUGAAAAAACAAAACAAGAAGCGGGUUAUAAUUUCACUCAUGCUUUUCUUUUGCUCUGUGGUUAAGGGGCUGGGAAUGGAGGCAUUCCAUGCUUGUGAAACCCAACUGCAUUACCAAGCACUGAACCCUGCAGAAUGGCUGAAAUGUUGUAUUCAUAAGACCAAAAAACAUCCACUACCUUGUACAAGGCUUAUUUGUAGAAUAAUCAUCUUAUGCCACAUUAAACGGUGGGAAAAAAAAUGUAAAAAUCCAUGAACUAGCUUUAUUAAUGGAGCAUUGCCCUGCCAGAAAACACUAUACAUAAUUGCUGAUCGCUUAUCCCAUUAUUUAUGUGAGAUGUGCAUAUUCUGCAGGAUUUUGUCAGCAUUGUGUUUUAACGAUACAGUGGAGUAAUAUAUCGUCCAGUGAUAAUCAUUUGUGUGCUCAGCAGGUCUUUCACCAGUUGGAACAGUGAUCAAGUACUCAGCAAAGAUGUCAAAACUAGAAAAAAGAUCAUAAGCAGCUUAUGUAUGCUCUGCCAGCAGCUGUAUACAUGGAAUAAUUGGAAAUGUGUAGCAAAAUGUCAUGUAAAUUCAUAUCUGUAACACAUCUGACUGUGGUAACUAGAGUAUGUAUGUUAUAUAUCGUAUUGUCAACGUAUGUGCUCCUUGUGAAAAUGCAUUAUAUGUGUUUGCAUACUAAGAUUGAAAUGCUGCCAAGUGUGGGAGCAGCGUACUGUAAAAAUGAAGACUCCAGGGUGGGUGAUCAUUGUCAGUGUUUCUGGUGGUUGUCUUUGUGGUAUUUAAACAUGUUGAUAGAUUUUUUUUUCUACUCUGUAAGUGUACAUUUUGUGAAUAUAUGAAGAUAUGAAUAAAAUGAAGAAAUACA